AUGCACAAUGCAAGACUGCAAAAUACUGAUAGAAGGCCAAGAAAGAAGGCUGUAAACCCUUCGGUUCAGCGUGCGGUUAAACUCUUUAUUGACAAUCAUCUUGAGCCUUCAUUCAUGCUGGACAACCAUAUUGAUCUGGACGGUUUACUGUCUUCUGUCAGUAAAAGAUUUACUAUAUACGAACCCCUUCUUCUUCUCCCUCCAAACUUUUUCAACAAGAGCCCUCAAUGGGAAUCGUUCAUUUCCCUUUUAACCGAUGCCCAACUGCAAGAGUUAUACGCCUGCAUAGUGGAGGUUUUUUCGCCAAUGGGCAUAACUCAUGUAGCAGUCAAUGCUCCUAUUUCACUUACUACUCGUAUUGGAAAAGAGAAUAAAGUACGAGGCCCGACUGAUCUCAUCCCUUUAUACGGAGAUUUUGGCCCAAUGAUACCCUCAACAGAUCAAAAUAUAGACCCAUCAGAGACAGAUCUUCAGCAGGCAUUUUGGGUGAAGACUGUGCAAAACUCCAAGAUAACCCAAGUUUGGGCUCCAUUGUACACAAUGUUUAGCCGUGGGAAUAUCGUGGAGAAGGCUAGAAUUCUCGGACUAGAAUCAAGUUUUGAUGGCUUGAACGAACAGCAACUGUGUCAACCUGUUCAAAAAAUUUCCGUGAUAGAUCUGUACGCUGGAAUAGGCUAUUUUGUAUUUUCUUAUUUGAAAAUGGGUGUUGCCAGGGUUUGGGCUUGGGAGCUUAACGGCUGGUCCAUUGAAGGCCUGCGGAGAGGAUGUGAAGCAAAUAAAUGGGGGAUAAAGAUACUGAAGAUGAACAAUGAAGGGAUGGUUGAUGGGAUUGAUGACUUGAUUGAGAUGGUGGAAGAUGACAACCUGCGAGUUGUUGCCUUCCACGGUGAUAACACCUUCGCUGCUGGUGUUAUGCAAGGCAUCAAGGCCAAGAUGGAGGCAAGGGGCGCUUGGAAGCCAAUACGACAUGCUAACCUGGGCCUCUUACCAAGUUCCAAAGAUACUUGGGGUACUGCCAUAUCUUUGAUAGAUCCAGAGAUGGGUGGUUGGGUUCAUGUUCAUGAAAACGUCAAUGUUCACGAAAUACAUGAGAAGCGGGCUGCAAUUGUUGCAGAGUUUCAAAGAAUACAGUCCAAGAAAAAUCUUAUAGAUGGUCAUGCCUCGAGCGAGGUAGAGUGUGUGCAUGUUGAGGAGGUCAAGAGUUAUGCUCCAGGUGUGAUGCACUGCGUUUUCGACCUGAAUAUCCAACCUUCACAGAUUUUUGACCGUGAGAACACAGGGUGA